CUGGAAAUGGAGAGCUUCCACACAAGGUUCAGUGCCUGGACACCUUUUAGCAACAAGUCAUUAAAUAGGCAGCUCUUUCAGGAAAGAGUUGCUCUUAUAAGUCAUUGGUUUGACCUGUGGACUAACAAGCAACGUCAAGAAUUUUUAUUCACGAUUUUUUCACGAUGCACUAAAUCACAAUUAAGGUUUGUCCAAGACUGGUUUUCAGAAAGGAUGGAAGUGGCCAAAGUGGAUUUCUCUACAGUGUUACCACGCUUCAUUUCUCUCUAUAUCUUCUCCUUUCUGAAUCCGAAAGACUUGUGUGCAGCUGCCCAAGUCAGCUGGCCCUGGAAAUUUUUAGCUGAACAGGAUUGCUUAUGGAUGCCCAAGUGCGUUAAGUUUGGAUGGUUUCUGCCCUUUACUCCAGCAAAUAAUGAGUACGGUGCUUGGAAGCACCAUUACAUUGCUUGUGUGUCCACCUUGGACUGGCUAACACCUAGGGAAGCUGCUGAUAUUUAUGGGACGCUGAAUGAACCCAAAAGAGAAGAUGAGGAGCUACAGGAGAGACAAAGAGAAAAGUGCCUAAGGAAAAUAAUUUGGGAGAAAAUUGCACUGCGUAAGAAAGAGUUAUUCAAAGUUCGACCCCCUUGGGUGAGUGGAACAUGCUGCUCUAGAUUGUUGCAAUCCCAGGGCCAACCACAGCUCUCCCAGAGUCUGAGGGAUCAACUGGGUUUACAUGAAGCUUUGGAGAAACAGCUUGUUUUGGCAUCAGCAGAAGCCUUGCCCAAGCGAAGCAAUGUUUCUGGAAGCCACUCCUACCCUUUAUUAUCAAAGAAAAAUCAGCAUGGAGUUUAUAAAAAUGAUGACAGCUGUUCAUAUGCUUUCCUGCCACACUUCAUAUUAAUAUCAUCUCGGAUUCCUGCAUAUGAGAUGGUGGUGGAGAGUGUGAAGUCCGGUGUCAUUUCCGUGGUAUAUGAACACAGUGGCAUGACCUUGGAGACUCUGUUUGAUCGCAUAGAAAAAGCUCUGGAUGGGUGGAAGGCAAAGAGUAUAGGAAUAUUUAGCGAUGGAGAUAGCAGAGAAAUCAAUUUACUCCAAGGAUAUAAAAUUGGUAUUAAAAAUUUAUUGAAGCCUGAAGUGAGAGACUUCUGGGAGAAAUUAGGAAGCUAUGUGGCCACUGAAGAAGAAGGGGGCCACGUGGACUUCUUUGUGCCACUUGGAGCGUCAGAGGCUGGAAUAGAAGUUCUUUCUCAGCUGUCUCAACUAACUGGCACCUUCUUUACGGCCCCCACUGGGAUUGCAACUGGCUCUUACCAACAUAUUCUUAGUGAUUGGCUGGGACCACUUGAAAGGACCCCCCCUUGCAUCUACUUCAGCGAGUUAAAGCUGCAGACGUGGUGCAACUUCACGGACUUCCUGGAAGACUCCUUGAGAUCAGUAAGGAAACUGUUACGACCUUUCUUCAGGGAGUUGCAGAAGAGCAUCAGUGGCAGGAUGAUAGGGCAGUUUAUGUUCGACACCAUGAGUGUGGCCAGCAUUCUAAAUAACCAGGAAGUCGCACGAGCUCUGGCAGAUGGACUGACAGAACUGUCCAAAGAAGAUUCUGAAAGAAAUGUUAUAGAAGACAAUUCUCAGAACACAAAGUCAAGUCUCAGCAAAAACGAUCUAAAUUUUGAGGUGCUGGUUAAGCUGGAGAGAAAGCUCCAGAUGGACUCAGCAGAAAAGCGAACUAGAGUUGUUAAGGAACUCUUACAGAGUGAGAGAAAAUAUGUGCAGACACUGGAAAUUGUGAGAGAUGUUUAUGUAACGCCACUGAAAGCAGCAUUGUCAUCAAACAGAGCAAUUCUGAGUGCUGCAAAUAUCCAGAUCAUUUUUUCUGAUAUUCUGCAGAUUUUAAGUCUCAACAGGCAGUUUCUAGACAACCUGAGAGACAGACUACAGGAAUGGGGCCCAGCUCACUGUGUGGGGGAAAUAGUCAUAAAGUUUGGAAGCCAGCUGAACACGUAUACUAAUUUCUUCAACAAUUAUCCCAUUGUUCUGAAAACUAUUGAGAAGUGCAGAGAAAUGGUACCAGCAUUCCGAGCUUUCCUGAAGAGGCAUGAUAAGACCAUUGUUACCAAAAUGCUGAGCCUGCCGGAGCUGCUCUUGUACCCAUCCCGAAGAUUUGAAGAAUAUAUCAAUCUUCUCUAUGCUCUGAGGCUUCAUACUCCUGCAGAACAUGUUGACCGUGGGGACUUGACCACUGCAAUUGACCAAAUCAAAAAAUAUAAAAGUUAUAUAGAUCAGAUGAAGCAAAACGUCAGUAUGAAAGAUCAGCUGUCAGAUAUACAGAGAAUGAUCGGGGGGUGCCCUACUCUAUCAGAAGUAAACAGAUAUCUGAUUAAAGUCCAAGAUGUAGCCCAACUUCACUGCUGUGAGGAGGAAAUAAGUUUCUCUUUAAGGCUCUAUGAACAUAUACAUGAUCUCAGCCUUUUCCUCUUCAAUGAUGCACUGCUUGUGUCUAGUCGGGGCACAUCGCAUACUCCAUUUGAAAGGACUACAAAAACUAUCUACCAGUUCGUUGCAUCAGUGGCCCUUCACAGGUUACUUGUAGAAGAUAUUCCAGAUUCCAAGUAUGUCAAGAAUGCAUUUAUUCUUCAAGGUCCUAAACAUGAAUGGAUUUGUGCUACAGAGGUAGAGGAUGAUAAAUUCCUAUGGUUAUCAGUGCUCCAAAAUGCAAUCAAAAGUAGUAUGGAGAAGUGA